CUAAUAUGUAAUAUCAAGACCCAUUAGAAGUACUUACAUCUAAUAUUAUACCCAAGAUUAUUAAGUAAGGAACCAGAGUCAAUGUAUUUCUUAUUGAAGAAAUAAGAGCCAUCUUUUUUGAGUCUCUCUAUCAAUCAUCAAUGAAAGAUUAAGCAUCAUUUAUUUCCAGAAGACUAAGGGAGAGAUUCGGUUGUUAUUGGUUUGUUUUUAUGUGGGAUGAAAGAAGAGAAAAUGCUAAUCCUUUUUACACCAAUAAUAUGGACUUAGUCUUUCAAUUCAAAGUAAAAAAAUAUUUGAAUUUAUUAUUAAGUGGUUGGAUUGGCAUGUUCUAAUUUAUGGAAUUGAUCCAAAAAUGUAUAAAUGA